AUGUCAACAACAGCAGUCGACCACCCUGCCACCUCACACCCAUCCUCAACCCUCCAAACCGCAAAACGCAAUCUCCAAUUCCUCUACGACCCCUCCUCGCCCAACGCACCUACAAAGCGUCGCACACGCGCUCUCCUCCGCACCCUCCGCUACACCCUGAAAUUCCUCUUUUGGCGAUUGGUGCGGUAUGCAAAGUACGCAGCUGUUGGCGCCAUCACGGCAGCGAUCGCCGGCACAGCGAUAGGGAGUGAUGAGAGGGAUGAGGAACGCAAGGUUGAGAGCAUCAAACCGCCGAAGAUGGAAGAGCCAUGGUGA